AUGAAGUACGUUCAGCUUACAAUCGAGCUCAUCACCAAGGCCUUUGAGACAUUCUCCUCUAAGAAGGGAGUGGAGUUUAACAAGAAAGAUGCAAAUAAGAUCUUUAAGGCGCUUGAUGAGGAUGAGGAAGUAGAGAGAUACUACUUUUGUGGAGAAAAGUGCACCAAGUCCAAGCGCAAAUGCAUGAAGGAAGUUGAUGAUGAAGGCAUGCAUUGUUAUGUCCACGAUCCUGCGCGCAAUAACAACAACGCACCUGUCGACAAGCGUACUAAGUCUUCCAAGGCUUUAAAGAAGACACAUACUUCUAAGUUUGUGUCUUCCGAUGACGAUAUGACUUCCGAGGAUGAAGAACCAAAGAAGCGAAAGAGAAACAAGCAGGAGUCAUCGGAUGAAGAGCCGUCCGAUGAUGAUGAUGAAGAAGAUAUAAUUGCCGAAAAGAAUCUCUACAUUGCAUUGUGUCCACCUAAGCUCAUGGGCAAGAAUCUCCCUGCGCCAGAAAUAUCUGAGAAAGAGGCACGCAUAUUGGCCAAGAUGGGUCUUCAAGAGGCAACUUCAGCAGAUGUAGAAAAAAUAGAAGAGUCUUCUGCUAAUGAGAAUUCUGACGAUGAUACAGAUGAUGGUGAUACGUCUGAUAAUGCUGACUCUGAGGAUGAUUCCUCUAAAGAUAAAGACUCUGAUGAUGGCAAGUCCAAUAACAGACCUGAUGUAGAAUCUGGAGAUGAUACCUCUAAGGAUAACCCUGAUGAAAAACUAUCUCAUAAAAAGCCAUCUAAGGAUGAUGAGAAGAAGACUUCUCGAAAGAAAAGGCAUUCAGAGAUGCCCAAAAAUGCAGAGCCAUCUUCUAAUGCUAAGUACAUUGUCAAGCUAUGUGGAAAGAAUACAUACGUUGGCCUGUUUACGCUUGAUCAUCUGCGUGGCGGUGGUGAUGUUCCAGAGAUGGAUAUCUUGGAACGCUCCAUGCUUAGCAAGAUGAAACUUCAAGAAAUGUCUGAUGAAGAGAGAAAGAUGCUUUUCAACGAGGAGGUCGAAGUAGAAGAGGAACUACCAGUGGAAGGACCGACAGAUAUAUCCAAGAUGAAAUGGAAAAGGUUUCACAAGCAGCAAUUGGAGUAUUCCAAGAAUGUACUUGUAAAUGGAAAGCACAUUCUCAAGAUCCGCAAGCAAAACAUUGUAGUUGGCUUGGUGACUGAUGACCACAUUGGUGCAGAGAAUGUCGACUAUGAUAAUCUUAACCAAAAGGAAAAAGAAAAGAUCUUUGCUAUGGGCUUUAAGCCACAAUGGUCUAAGGAUAGGUCGACAGAGAAAGGUGAACCGUACGUUCAGCUUACAAUCGAGCUCAUCACCAAGGCCUUCGAGACAUUUUCUUCUAAGAAGGGAGUGGAGUUUACCAAGAAAGAUGCAAAUAAGAUCUUUAAGGCGCUUGAUGGGGAUAAGGAAGUGGAGAGAUACUACUUUUGUGGAGCAAAGUGCGUCAAGUCCAAGCGUAAAUGCAUGAAGGAAGUUGACGAUGAAGGCAUGCAUUGUUAUGUCCACGAUCCUGCGCGCAAGUGUCAAGGCACAACCAUUAAGGGCGCUAAUUGUGGUAGUGUAGCCAAAAUUGGUCAAACAUACUGUGGGCGUCAUCAAGAUCAAGAUAGAGGUCAUAUAAAACGUGGUAACAAGAAUGCACCUGUCGUUACGCGUCCCAAGUCUUCCAAGGCUUUAAAGAAGACACAUACUUCUAAGUUUGUAUCAUCUGAUGACGAUAUGACUUCCGAGGAUGAAGAGCCGUCCGACGAUGAUGAUGAAGAAGAUAAAAUUGCCGUCUCCUUUCCGUUGAGUCCAAAGGUAGUUGACAUAACGUCCAAGAAAAAUGUACCACUCGCUAAUACAGGCAUAUGGAUGCGUUAUGCAACUAAUCCAGCUUUUCUGUAUGCAAAGAACUUUACUGUAAAUAGCAAGUACAUUAUUAAGCUGAAGGAAAAGGACCUCUACAUUGUAUUGUGUCCACCUGAGCUCAUGGGGAAAAAUCUUCCUGUACCGGAAAUAUCUGACAAAGAGGUACGUAUAUUGCAAAAGAUGGGACUCCAAGAGGCAACUCCUGCAGAUGUAGAAAAAAUAGAAGAGUCUUCUGCUGAUGAGAAUUCUGAGGAUGAUACAGAUGAUGGUGAUACGUCUGAUGAUGCUGGCUCUGACGAUGAUUCCCCUGAUGAUAAAGACUCUGAUGAUGGCAAGUCCAAUAACAGACCUGAUGUAGAAUCUGGAGAUGAUACCUCUAAGGAUAACCCUGAUGAAAAACUAUCUCAUAAAAAGUCAUCUAAGGAUGAUGAGAAGAAGACUUCUCGAAAGAAAAGGCAUUCAGAGAUGCCCAAAAAUGCAGAGCCAUCUUCUAAUGUAGACGUUUCUAAGGAUGGAAAAGAUGAACAUACAUUUGCACUGGCCACAACGGUGCAUAACAUUAGAUCAGAGAAAGACAUAGCACGUGCGAAGGACAGAGGAUGGAUGAUUCAUCCUAAUAACGACAUGCUUGAGUAUGCAACUAAGUUUACGAUGAAUGGCAAGUACAUUGUCAGGCUAUCUGGAAAGAAUACAUACGUUGGCCUGUUUACGCUUGAUGCUCUGCGCGGUGUCGGUGAUGUUCCAGAGUUGGAUAUCUUGGAACGCUCCAUGCUUAGCAAGAUGAAACUUCAACCAUUGUCUGAUGAAGAGAGAAAGACGCUUUUCAACGAGGAGAUCGAAGUAGAAGAAGAAGUACCAGUAGAAGGACCAACAGAUAAAUCCAAGGUGAUAUGGAAAAAACUUAACUAG